AUGUUGCGUACAGCAAGACAACGUUGCGGUCUAAAUAGCUCAUUCUUGGGGAUUGCCAGAUGGCAGACCAGGAAUCAACAUAGUGCAUCAUCCCUUGGGCCUCCUCCAAAGACUACAUUCGACAGAUCGAUGAUUAGACCGUUUGUAUGGGUUGUAGUAUUCGGAUCAUUGGUGACCCAUGUGAUAGAUAGAAGACAAGCUUACUCUGAUAUGGAAAAACGUUAUUCAUUAAAGAAUACUAUUUUGAAGGAUCUAUUGAAAAAAGUUGAAAGUGGUAGUACAACUGUGACAGAAGAACAAAUAGAACAUGAAUUACGAUUAGUAAAUAAGAUGUUUGUAAGGGAUAAAAGUUUGGGAAUGAAAGAGGUGGAAAAUGUGCUUUCCCAAAUGCAAAUCUCUAUCACUAAACGUGAAGAAUAUGACUAUGAUGAAGAAGAAUCCCUUGAAGAUAUAUGGAAUGGAAUACUGGAGGAAGCAAAUAACGACAAGCCGCUUAAGAAAUCAAAGAGGGAGGUUACCACACCACCCUCGAUCACUACCAGUACCAGAGUGUUGAACGAUAUCAUUGUUGAUAAAGAAACAUUAAAACAGUUACGAGAAACGGAGAUAGAAGAUUCCAAUGAUUUCUCUCAAAAUACCGAUCAACAUCUGAUUGUAGAGAAUCCAGGUGAACUAAGUAGCUCUGCUAAAUUUUUAUAA